AUGAAAACUAAAAAGUUAAGAGAAUACAGCAAUAAGCAAAAGAUACUUCUGGUUGGAGAAGGAGACUUCUCCUUUUCUCUAUCUUUAGCUAGAGCCUUUGGUUCCGCAACAAAUCUCACUGCAACCUCUCUCGACACUUUUGAGGAGGUACAGCUUAAGUAUAAGAAUGGAAAAGCUAACAUACAAGAGUUGAAGACACAAGGUUGCACUGUGGUCCACGGGGUUAAUGUGCAUUCCAUGACCAAAGAUCUUAAACAUGGUCAACGAUCGGAACUUUAUGAUAGAAUCAUCUUUAAUUUUCCUCAUUCAGGGUUUGGUUUUGGCUGUGAGCACCAGAUGGUGAGAGGUUUUAUGAAGAGUGCGAAGAAAAUGGUAAAAGACAUCGGUGGUGAGAUUCAUGUUACUCAUAAGACGGCUCAUCCAUUUGACAAGUGGGAGAUCGAGACUCUGGCUGAAGAAAAGGGUUUGUGUUUGGUCCGGGAGAUGGAAUGUAACAAAUUAUGUUUUCCUGGUUACUCAAAUAAGAGAGGAAGUGGACGUCACUGUGACGGUAGCUUCCCUGUCGGGAAAUCUUCUACCUUCAUGUUCCGGAAACGGAUUCUCUGA